AUGUGGCCACCGGCUUCGGGUGCUGCCUUUGACCCUCCCGCGGGCGCGGUACGCAGGGACCACCCUUCACGCCGAGGCUCUGAUGCUUCCACGCGCGAUCCGAGCAUGCCCCCAACCCGCCUCGGAGGGGCAAGAGGGAGGCCGCAACCCAGAGAGCGUCGACACGGCCCCGCGGCGAACAUCGCCCUGAAUCUGCAGCUUCGGGUCCGGCUUCCCGCUGGGCGGUCCUCGCCGCCACACAAACAAGGACGCAGGUCCGCGGCGCGCGUCACCCGCACCCCGCCGUGCACCAGCCCCGCGCCCGCGCCGCCAGGGGGAGAGGCGGGUGGGCAUCGCCGGCUCUCUUGCACAGGAAGCGGCGGAGGAUCGGGUGGCUUGGAGGCCUCCGCGGCGGAGGGAACUCGGCGAGCCGCCGGGCAGAGGCCGGAAAAGCGGAACGUCGCUGCGAUCCGAGGGCGGAUUCUCGCGUCUCCGCUGCGGCCGCCACCUCCCGGGCUCCGGGUGGCGGGGCAGCCUUAG